AUGUCUGGUUACUCUCAUGAUAUAUCACCGGCCUAUGCUUUCACUGGUCCAGGUCACCAAUACCCUGAUCCAGAAGCAAGCCAGAGCCAAAAUUUAAUAUGGCCUACUCAUGAUUCAACCUCAGCGCAAGGCACUGGUGGUUUCAAUCUGGACAGUGCAAGGGCCGAAUUUGCUGCAGCAAGUACGGAGCAGAGAAACCAGCGACGAGAGCAGGUGGAUGGCGUGGAUGAUAUUCUAGAUAUGGAUUGUGGUGGUGAUUCGGAUGAUUCGGAUCCCGAUUAUCGGGAAUUCGGUAAAGGAAUACGCAAGAUGCAAAAUGAGGUGCGCCAGGCUAGACACCUAGAUAGUGAUGAUGAUUCCGAUGAGACUCCGGCUGGUCGAAAGAAAGGCAAAAAGCGCGGUGUCAAAGGAGGUAGAGGCCGCAAACCGGGUAUCAGAGGUCCAAGGAAAGCAGCGGAGCCAACUGGUGAUAUCAAAUUACGGUUAGGUCAAGCCAAUCAUGCAUUCUUGAAUGGACGUUGUGAAGAAGCUAGAGACAUAGCUGCGGAAAUUGUUCGAAUUAAUGCAGAGACUUACGAAGCAUGGACUUUACUAUCUGCCUGCUUCAAAGAAUUGGGCGAAUACAACUCGGCUGUCAAGGCUCUGAUGGUUGCUGCGACUUGGAGGCCGAAGCAUCCCGGUGCUUGGUAUGCCGCCUUAAAUUUCGCUUUGAACGAGACUGGUGAUUUAAGAUCAGAGUUUCUUAUCUCUGCUCAGUACGCUGCUCAACAAAUUCUCAGAGCGGAUUCACAAGAUCUGGAGGCUCGGAGAAUCAAAGCUUCUCUCAUGCUUGAGCGAAGAAAUCUUAGUCAUGCGGCCAAAGAAUAUGAAAUUAUUCUCAAGCGUUGCCCAUUCGAUACAGAAGUUAUUCAAACAUUAGCAUCAAUUUACGUUGAUCGAGGGCAGGUAGAGGUCGCCAUGAAACUUUACACUAAAACCCUCGAUAAAUUCAAGAAAGCCGAUGUAGAAAUUGACACACCCUUUGGUUGGACAGAUGCCUAUGCAUACGUCGAGCUCUUUGGGCUCAUGGAAAAAUACACUGAAGGUAUCAGGGAGCUCAGGUCAGUAGCUCGUUGGUUAGUUGGAAGGAGUGAGGAAGAGUUUUGGGACCAAUUCGUUGAUGAUGAUCGAGAGUGGGAUGAUGAUCAUAUUAGAAGAUCUGAGUGUUUCCAAUUUGAUGCGAAGACAUUCCCAUUAGAUACAUAUGGUCCAGGCUUGCCCGUCGAGCUACGAGUCAAACUUGGACUAUACCGGUUAUUCCUUGGUCAUUAUAAAGAGGCUAUGCGUCAUUUUAGUUAUCUCAAAACCUCUGACUAUAAUGGCCAAAGUCUUGUUGAAGAAUUUCCUCACCUCUUUGAGGAAGUCGCUGAUACUUUGGCUGAAAAGGGUUAUAAUAAGGAUGCUUUGGAUUACUAUUUGCCAUUGGCACCAGGCGUUGGUUCCGAAGGUGCUUCGCUGCAUUUCAAGAUGGGUAAGUGUUGGCUUGGUGAAAAGUCUGACCAAGAGGCCGAACUCUGUUUUCAAAACGCAGUACAAAUGGAAGUGGACAACAUUCCAGCAAGGAUGGAGCUCGCUAAACUUUACGAAAGACUAAACGAAAAAGACCAGUCUUUCAUGUAUGUGAAUGAAAUCAUAGCAAUUCGACGAACACAACGUCAAAAUGAGAACCUAGCAUUUGGAACAGGAUCUUCCGACCCUGCACCUUCUAAGAAGCCACGUAGAAAACACACGUCAUUCCCUGGUAUUCGGAGAGGUCAAUCUCGUUAUGCACCACGCAGGCUCCUUAAUCCAGCUGAAAGGAAGAAGGAAGAGGCCGCCAGAGCGGAACAUCUACAGAAUCAAUACUCUAUUAUGAAAGCAGAACUUGAACAGAUGAGAGCUGGGGAUCCAACAGCAACCUAUAAGUGGAUGGAGGCUGCUGAAGAUCUCAUUGAUGAUUUUCGAGGCUUUAAAACUUUUUAUCCUUGGGAUAAAUAUGUCAAAUUCUUGGGCUAUACUCAUGACGAUAAAUUUCAAGCGGAGACCAAACUGGAGACUGAUUUAACGGAGAUGGCUGAUCGAUUGUCAAAAAAACUCGGAGCCGAUGCUGAGGACCGAACUAGUGCUACUUCUGCUAGUAUUCCAGCUGAUUAUCGGGGUAUCUCGUUCAGUUCUUGGCUGGAUAUCUUUCUCGAGUACGCAAUUUGUCUCGCGAAGGAUGGGCAUGACCGAGAGUCAUAUGAGAUUUGCGAGUCCGCUAGGGACGCAAUCGUCUUCUACCAUAAGCGCGAGGACAUGUUCUUGAUCCAUGUAUGCUGGGGCACUUGUGCUUUGCUCUGUAAUGACGAGGAGAUGUGUAUCCGAGUGGCAAGAUAUUUCAUGAGAGAAUAUCAAUUCACCACAGAUUCUUACAGAAUGUAUGCAGCCAUAGCGAGGUUAUGUCAAUCUCCAGUCUCGUGGUAUUGUUCGGGUCCCGAACAAAAGUAUAUGCUUCGCCAAGUCAAGGCCAUGGAUUUCAAUCUCGUCGAUAAAACUCGUCGUCAAAGAGGCUAUGCAGAGAAAGCCGGCUACACGUCGCAGGACAAAGAUGGAAAACCAAUUCUUAAUGAUGAUAUGGACGUUGCUCUCCUAAUGUUAUACGGCCAUAUUCUUUACUCGGGAACAAGCUAUGCAUACUCUUUGAACUAUUUCCUGAGAGCUUAUGCACUUGAUCCAAAUAAUGCUAUCAUCAAUCUGAACAUAGGCCUUGCUUAUGUUCAUCACUCGCUCAAGAGACAAGCAGAUAACAGGCAAUUCAUGAUCCUCCAAGGUCUGACGUUCCUUUUCGAUUACUAUAACUCACGCAAACAGUCAACCAUUCUCGAAGAACGCCAGGAGGCACAUUACAAUCUGGCCAGAGUUUAUCAUAUGCUUGGUGUCUCGCAUCUUGCGAUAAAAUACUACCUUCGUGUACUGAAAGAGAACGAUGGCCAUGAGAGCUCACGAGAAGAUAUUGAAAUUGAUACUGCAUACAAUCUCAAAAUUCUUUGUAUGGUCACAGGUAAUAAGAAAUUGGCAAAUGUCAUAGCCAGGAAAUGGCUUGUAAUUUAG